UUGUCAUUGUAUUUUGCAUAUAAGUUUUCUUUUUCUCUCUGGUGCGACGUUAUUAUCAUUCUAUGCAUCCAUGGGCCACCUGAUUUAGCGCUACCACUUUCCCUUCUCUACUGUCCCAAGUCUCACGACUGCGUUUGCAACCUUCGGAGAUGUGGCGAAUGGCUCUCUCCGCCAAAACCAGCAUACGGCUAUUACGACUGCCUUAGUUAGAUACCUAUCAUACACAUUACAUAUGUAGCUCUGUAUGGCUUUCCAACUCAUGAACUCGCAGACGAAUGUUUUCCAGGCUAUUGUUGGCCUGAGAAUCCCAAUUAUGAUAAAGUAGGGGUAGAAACUGGGUCGUGGUAUUGCUUGCCAUCUGAAAAAGGCUUCCUCAUAGAAUUUGGACUUCGACGCCCUCUCCUCCAGUCUUGAUCACCGCGCCAGGCUCGGUGCUCACUUAUGAAGGCCGAGUCUCAGUGUUGGCAUCAGAGGCCGAGGAGCUUUUAAAGGUACAGGUGGACCGAUCAGCCCUUUCCUCCUCGACUUCCUUAUCCUCUAUCUAUCCUCUACCCUAUCCUCUACCUCCUAUUCCUCAUCUCCCCGACUGUCAGCAUCUCUCCGACCGUCCGGUUUGUGUGAGUUUGCCUUGCCCUGCAAGAUGGCGUCCUACCUGGUGCCCUUCGACAGUCUGAUUUGCAUGCUGCUUGGCAUCUCCUUCACCGUAUGGGUCACUCUCCUCCUCGUCUUCAUCAUCGUGCCGGCCAUCUUUGGAGUGUCCUUUGGCAUACGACGCCUCUACAUGAAGGCCCUGGUCAAGCUGUUUGAAUGGGCUACUCUGCGUAUGGAGAGGAGAGCGCGAGAGAAGAACCAGGAACUCUACAAACCCUACAGCAAUGGCAUCAUAGCGAAGGAGCCGGUCACUCUGGAGCAGGAGAUUCAGGAACUGCGGAGCAGCAGUGGCGUCAGCAUCAGCAGUGGCGGCGGCUCCGGCGGUCCGGCGGCGUCCUCGGCCGAGUUUGAGCUGGCCGACAUCUUCUCGUUCUCCCGGCGCGGCGUGGAGAGCAUCGUGGACGACGAGGUGACCAAGCGCUUCACGGCGGAGGAGCUGGAGAGCUGGAAUCUGCUGACCCGCAGCAACUACAACUUCCAGCACAUCAGCACGCGCCUGACCGUGCUCUGGGGGCUCGGCGUCGUCAUACGAUACGGAUUCCUGCUCCCGCUCAGGGUGACUCUGGCCUUCACUGGAGUGGGUCUGCUCGUGGUUCUCACCAGUGUCGUGGGGCUCCUUCCCAACAGCCGCAUGAAGAGCUAUCUCAGUGAGAAGGUUCACCUGAUGUGUUAUCGGAUCUGUGUGAGGGCUCUAACUGCCAUCAUCACUUACCAUGACAGUGAGAACAAGCCGAGGAAUGGAGGCAUCUGUGUGGCCAACCACACUUCUCCCAUCGAUGUUAUCAUUUUGGCAAGCGACGGCUGCUACGCAAUGGUUGGCCAGGUGCACGGUGGCCUGAUCGGGAUCAUCCAGAGAGCCAUGGUCAAGGCUUGUCCUCAUGUUUGGUUUGAGCGCUCCGAAGUUAAAGACCGCCACCUGGUGGCCAAAAGGCUGAGUGACCACGUAGCAGACAAGACCAAGCUGCCCAUCCUCAUCUUCCCAGAGGGCACCUGCAUCAACAACACCUCCGUCAUGAUGUUCAAGAAGGGCAGCUUUGAGAUCAACUGUGUCGUCUACCCAGUGGCCAUCAAGUAUGACCCUCGUUUCGGGGAUGCCUUCUGGAACAGCAGUAAAUUUGGGAUGGUAAACUACCUCCUGCACAUGAUGAGCAGCUGGGCUAUAGUCUGCAGCGUGUGGUACCUGCCCCCCAUGAGGAGAGAGGAAGGGGAGGAUGCAGCUCAGUUUGCCAACCGGGUCAAAGCGGCCAUUGCCAGGAAGGGUGGACUGGUGGACCUGCUCUGGGAUGGCGGUCUGAAGAGGCAGAAGGUGAAGGAAGCUUACCGGGAAGAGCAGCAGAAGCUCUACAGCAAAGUGCUGGUCGGCGUCCAGGAAGAACGUGGCUGUGCCUGCCACCAGGGCGGCGCUAUGGAGGAGCAGCAGUGUCAAUGUGAUCACAGCGAACCUGAAGAGGAUCAUCAAUGCCUAUAUGAGCAUGACAGCUCGGCAGAGCACCAUGGACAUUCAACUGGCACCAUGGAAGAAAAUGGGCACUAUUGUGACCACGUUGGCAUUGUUGAGGCUGAUGGACAAGAUGGUGACCAGGGUGCCGCUGUUGAGGUGGAUGGACACCAUGGUGACCAGACUGACACUGUUGAGGUGGAUGGACACCAUGGUGACCAGACUGGCAAUGUUGAGGUAGAUGAACACCAUGGUAACCAGACUGGCACUGUUGAGGUGGAUGGGCACCAUGGUGACCAGACUGGCACUGUUGAAAUGGAUAGGCAUUCUUAUGACCACUCUGGCACUAUGCAGAACCAUAGGCACCUCUGUGAUCAGACUGGCAGUGUUGACGAUGAUGAUGGUAGUGGCCAGUCCUGCGAUCUGACUGGCAGCGUGCAGGACGGUGGGCACUUGCGUAAACGGACUGGCAUCCUGAAGGAUCCUGGGUGCUCCUGAGACAGCCAGCGGGCACUGAGGCUGCCACUGUGCCAAUGACUUUAAUGCCACCGGACUGGGGCCUGCACCCCCAGGAGUACAGGGGGACCCACAGUGAGCCUGGCCUAGAACGAAGCCCCUGGACUGGGCACCGCUGUGGGAUGUGCCCCCACCAAGAGACUGGAGCCUGCUGGAGCUCUGUCUCUCUGCUGUCUUUAGUUCCCACGGGUCUCCUGAUUGCAUUAGAAGGAGUUUUUUUGAUUGUUUGUUUAGGGUUUAUUAUUAUUAUUAUUAUUAUUAUUAUUAUUAUUAUUAUUUUGCACACUUUGCACGACAAGCACAGGCAUUAGUUGAUUUUAUUGAAGUUGUUCUGUAACAUUUCAACUAAAGAAUUCAUUUUAUUUUUUGAUGUUUGAUUUUAUUUGGCUACAUUUGUUUACAGUUGUUGAGGUUUUCAGUUCUGCAUGUUCAGGAGCAGAAGGGUGAGAUUGGGAAAAAGGGGUGUGCUCAGUACACAGAGAGGGAAAGAAAGAAAGGGAGAUAUGAAAGAAUGAAUGAAGGAGGGCAGAAAGAGAUGACAAAGAUUACUUGGCCAGUCGAGCUCAGAGUUGACCUUUGAUACACAGUAUCUGCUGUAAUGUGCAGGGGUUUGUUUUUGUUUUGUUUUUAAAUAAAAAACACCUUGUGUGCUCUUUUUAA